CCGGGGCCGGGGCGGCCGCGCACCGCCUGCCGCCGCCCGCGCCCAGCCGAGCCCCGAGCCGCUUUUUUUUUGUUGUUGUUGUUGUUUUAAAUAGGUGGGACCCAAACCGCUCAGUUUCCUGGAAACUGUGUUUUUCCUUUCUCUCCCCGCCGCCGUCCCCGGCCGGGGGGGAGGAGGGGGUUGCGCUACCUCCCCUAUAUAAGCGGCGGAGCCGGGAGAAGGGCAGCAGCCGCCGACCCCGCACGGCCCCGCCGCCCCCGAGCCCCCCCGAGCCCCCCAUCAUGGCUGAAGAGCUGGUGCUGGAGGCAUGCGACCUGCAGUGCGAGAGCAACGGCCGGGCGCACCGCACCGCCGACAUGGGCUGCCGGCAGCUGGUGGUGCGCCGGGGACAGCCCUUCGCCCUCACGCUGCGCUUCGCCGGCCGCGGCUACGAGGAGGGCGUGCACGAGCUCGCCUUCAACGUGCAGACAGGGCCCUGCCCCACGGAGGCCUCGGGGACCAAGUCCCGCUUCCUCGUGAGCGACUUCCCCGAGGAGUCGGGCUGGAGCGCGGUGGUGCAGGAGCAGCAGGGCGCCGCGCUGUGCCUGUCCCUGUGCUCGCCGCCCACCGCCCGCAUCGGCCGCUACAGCCUCACGCUGGAGGCCACCACCGGCUACAAGGGCACCAGCUUCAGCAUCGGCGACUUCGUGCUGCUCUUCAACCCCUGGCACCCUGAGGACACGGUCUUCCUCCGGGACGAAGACGAGCGCUGCGAGUACGUGCUGUCGCAGCAGGGGCUCAUCUACCAGGGCUCUCGCGACUACAUCACCACCACCCCCUGGAACUUCGGCCAGUUUGAGGACGACGUCUUGGCCGUGUGCCUCGAGCUGCUGGACACCAACCCCAAGUUCCUGCGGGACCAGGACCGCGACUGCUCCCGCCGCAACGACCCGGUCUACGUCGGCCGGGUGGUGAGCGCCAUGGUGAACUGCAACGACGAGGACCGCGGCGUGCUGGCGGGGCGGUGGGACAACAGCUACGAGGACGGCACCAGCCCCAUGGCCUGGAUCGGCAGCGUGGACAUCCUCCGGAGGUGGAAGCAGCUCGGCUGCCAGCCGGUCAAGUACGGCCAGUGCUGGGUCUUCGCGGCCGUGGCCUGCACGGUGCUGCGGUGCCUCGGCGUCCCCAGCCGCGUGGUCACCAACUACAACUCUGCCCACGACACCAACGGCAACCUGGUCAUCGACCGCUACCUCAGCGAGACGGGCGAGGAGCAGAAGCGCUCCAAGGACACGAUCUGGAACUUCCACUGCUGGGUGGAGUCGUGGAUGAGCCGCCCGGACCUGGCGCCCGGCUACGACGGCUGGCAGGCGCUGGACCCGACCCCGCAGGAGAAGAGCGACGGCGUUUACUGCUGCGGGCCCGCUCCCGUCAAAGCCGUCAAGGAGGGAGACCUGCAGGUGAAGUACGACAUCCCCUUCGUCUUCGCCGAGGUCAACGCCGACGUGGUGUACUGGGUGGUAGCCCCGGACGGCUCCGAGAAGAAGAGCACGCACUCCUCCUUCGUGGGCAAGAACAUCAGCACCAAGAGCGUGGGCCGGGACAGCAGGCAGGACAUAACGCACGCCUACAAGUACCCGGAGGGCUCCGACGAGGAACGAGAAGUGUUCGCCAAAGCCGAGCACGAGAAGAGCUCGUCCUCCGACGAGGGCGAGGGGCUGCACCUCAAGAUUAAGCUGUCGGACGGCGCCAACAACGGCCGCGACUUCGACGUCCUGGCCGUCGUCAACAACAACACGGACGCGGAGCGGCUCUGCCGGCUCAUGAUCUGCGCCCGAACCGCCAGCUACAGCGGCGCCGUGGGGCCCCAGUGCGGCAUGAAGGACCUGCUGAACGUCGCGCUCGCGCCGCGCGCAGAGAAGCGGGUGCCCCUGCGUGUCCUCUACGAGCAGUACGGCGCCCACCUCACCCAGGACAACCUCAUCAAGGUGGUGGCUCUCCUCACCGAGUACAGCAGCGGAGACGUGGCGCUGGCCAUCCGCAACGUCUACGUGCAGAACCCCGAGAUCCGGAUCCGGAUUUUGGGGGAGCCGAUGCAAGGGCGGAAGCUGGUGGCCGAGCUCACCGUGAGCAACCCGCUGGGCACCGAGCUCAACGGCUGCACCUUCGCCGUGGAGGGCACCGGCCUCACCGAGGGCCGGCAGCUCCAGCACCUGCAGGAGCCCGUGGCACCCGGCGCCGACGCCGCGGCGCGGGUGCAGCUGGUGCCGAGCCAGCCCGGCCUGCACAAGCUCGUGGUGGAUUUCGAGAGCGACAAGCUGACGGGGGUGAAGGGCUACCGCAACGUCAUCGUCGCCCCGCUGCCCAAGUGAGGGGCGGCCCCGGCCCCCCGCCGGCGGGCACCGGCCGGCAGAGAGGGGCCCCGGGGCCGCCCCCAGGGAGCCUUCCUCCUCCUCCUCCUCCUCCCGCAGUCCGGCGCUCGUCCGCUCCCCCCUCCCUGCGGCAGCCGUCCGGCUUUGCAAAGCGCACAGGAGCGAGACCACCCUCCCCGGCACGGGCCGCGCCACGCAGCCUUCGCUCGCGCCGGCCGCGGUGCCCGCGCGCGGUCCCGGUCCCGGUCCCGGUCCCGGUCCUGGUCCACCGCCCGCCCGCGGCCUCCGCCUGUCUGCAGCUCCAGAAGCGCACGUGCACGCACCCCGCCGCAGAGGCCGCGCCGGGCGCUCGCUUCUCGCACCGUUCCCGUCUUCGCAAAUACCGAGCCGCAGAGACCGGGACGUCACGCUGACAUGAAUUAACUAUGCAAGCACUGAAUAAAAGCUCCAUUUUUCACUUCUAA